AUGGGCGCGCAUCCAGACAAGGACAACUUCAAAUCUCCAAAGAGGGUUUCGUUCCAAGGCCUCGAGAAGGACGUCCAGCCACUUCCCCUCAAGUCCGCCCUGCGCAAGCGUCAUUCGUUUGUUCAGGAAGAGUCACCUGCCCACGAAGAGCAGACCACCUCCAGUCCCGAGCACUACCCCGCCUUUCCGCCUGCCGACUCGGGUAUUUCAACUUCCUCUCAGAACUUGUUUACCCAUCACACGGGCCCGGAAGGAAUCCAAAGCGACCCCAAGGCAGCUCAAUACCAUCCCUCCUUCAUCCCCGCGUCACCUUUUCAACCUCGACAACUCCAACCGUGGCAGCUCGGCUACAACCAGCAAACAGCCCAGUGUCAGACCGUGAUCCCUUACCUGCCGACAACAUACCAAGUCAACAUGUCGCAGUACGCCCUAGCUCCGGCCAACACUGGCGUUCACUUCCAGCCCCAGGUUGGCGACACCUCCACCGGCCCUGAGCUCCAUUACUAUACCCCGCGUCAUGAUGGACAGCUCGGCCUUCAGGUGCCUGUCCAGCAGGCCACCCAGUACAUGGUCAGUCCGCCGUAUACUCCAAACACAAGCAUGAUGCCGCAGCCCGUAGUUGGGAUGCAGUACCCACUGCAUAACCAGAUUUCCUACCAGGUGCCCUACCAAAGCCAAUACCAGAUGGAUUACCAGACCCAGUACCAGACCGGAGCCCAUCAGGCCUGGGGCCAGCAACAGAUGCAAACAUUUGCAACCGAAUAUUUGCUAACUGGUCACAGGCUACCGGAAUGCCCGUUCCGAUGCACGUUUCCCGCCGCCGCUCCCCCCGGCUACAUUGUUCAGCAGCCGGUUCAGCAGCCGUUUCAACAGCAGCCGGUCAUGCAGCCGGUCCUGGUCCAGGCCCAGCCUGUCCCCGGCCAGCCCAUGAUGAUGGCUCAGCCUCAGCCUGCCUACGGCCCGGGCGCGACCGUCAUCGUUGCAGGUAAUGCUCCUGUUGCCCCUAUGCCUGCGGCCCCCGGUGCCAUUCAUCCUGAGCCUGCUCUCGGUAUCGGCCUCACUGCCGCUGAGGUUGCCGCGAAUAACGAGCAGAUUGCUUAUGAGAACAACAUGGAUGAGGCACAGGAUUUUAAGCCCGCUGACGAUGACCCCUCGCGCAUGUACCGCUGCCGUGAGGUCGACGGAACCUGGACCUUGCGCAACAGGUUCACCGUCGACAACCUCGGCGACUGCCGCUGGUACAUGACCGACGAUGGCGUCUUCUAUGCCGUCCGCAUGCAGUCCUAA